GGAGGUGCUGGAUUCCCGGGAGGCGUGAGAACCGCGGGGAUGGAGCCAGGCUCGGACGCUCGGGGCCCGCAGCUCCGGUCCCGUCGCGCUUUCGUCCCUUCUGGGUGACCUCAACCCCUUUAUCCCGACCCCACCUCUCCGGCGCGGCGAGUACCGCCCCGCGGGGGAGGGGAGGAGGCGGUGACACCGCGCGCGCGGAUUGGGCCGUCGCGGCCGCCGUAGUCCUCCCGCGGAAACGCCGUGCGCCGGGAACGCCGAGGCCCAGAGGUCCCGGCCUUCGCCAGCGGUGGACGUCCGUGAGCGGGGUCGGGGGUGACCGGCGGAGCCACCGCGGUCAUGGCCGACUACUGGAAGUCACAACCAAAGAAAUUCUGUGAUUACUGCAAGUGCUGGAUAGCAGACAAUAGGCCUAGCGUUGAGUUUCAUGAAAGAGGAAAGAAUCACAAGGAAAAUGUGGCCAGGAGGAUCAGUGAGAUUAAACAGAAAAGCUUGGAUAAGGCGAAGGAAGAAGAAAAGGCAUCCAAGGAGUUUGCCGCCAUGGAGGCAGCUGCCCUGAAGGCAUACCAAGAGGAUCUGAAAAGGCUUGGCUUACCUUCAGACAUUUCAGAGCCAACUACAUCACCAGUCAUCAGCACUGUCCAGCCCACCCCUGCAUCAAAUCAACAAAAGGAAAAGAAGAAGAAGAAAAAGAAGGAAGCUUCAAAGGGUAGAUGGGUAGAAGGCGUAACAGCCGACGGCCACUGUUAUUAUUAUGACCUCGUCACAGGAGCAUCGCAGUGGGAGAAGCCAGAAGGAUUUCAAGGGAACUUAAAAAAGACAGCAGCAAAGGCCAUUUGGGUAGAAGGUUUAAGUGAAGACGGUUACACCUAUUAUUAUAAUACAGAAACAGGAGAAUCCAAAUGGGAAAAGCCUGAUGAUUUCAUUCCACAUGGUGGUGAUGUGCUUUCUAGUAAGGACAGUGAAAAGCUACCUGACACCGUAGAAGACUCCAAGUCAUCCGAUUCUCCCAGUGACUCUGAUGGUGAACAGAAGAAGAAGGCGGGAGAGGCCUCUGCAGAAACGAAGAAGCUGGUAAUCAGGUUUAAGGAAAAAAAUAAAAAUACUGAGAAAAGAAUUGGCCCAGAAAUACAAAAAGAAAAAAGUACUCCAAAACAGAAUCCGUCAAAUACAAAUGAAGAAAAACCCAAAACUCUUAAGAAAUCGACGAACCCUUAUGGGGAAUGGCAAGAAAUUAAAGAAGAGGCUGAGUCUCAAGAAGAGGUGGAUUUGGAACUUCCAAGCACUGAAAGUGAGUGUCUGUCAACUUCAGAAGCUGGUGUUGGGGAAAUCAAAGUGGUAUUUAAAGAGAAAACAGUUUCUUCUCUGGGAGUUGCAGCAGAUGGAGUGGCCCCCGUCUUCAAAAAGAGAAGAAUUGAAAAUGGAAAAUCUCGAAAUUUAAGACAGCGAGGUGAGGAUGAGUGACUGUAAAGCUGUGGAGAGAAGGUGUGUCCUUUCCAAGCUCCUCUGUGCUGUGAAUACUGUCGUGUUGCAUUUUACAUUUAUGCUAAAUAUAUUUUAUGUGAAUCAAAAUAAAUCUUUUUUCAUGUGAAAUUUUUGUUCCAAAUGUGGAAGCCUACCACAUUGCAUUGUAAUACAGUGUAUUAUGUUCGAUGUCUAAAAUUGCUAAUUAUAUAUAAUUUAAGAUGCUAUGUGUCUGUUAUUUAAAACAUUGGGAAGAUGUUUGCGCUAGCCUUACUUAUAAACAUAUUUAUUCUUCAUUGAAAAUGCACCAUUUCCGUACACUGAAGUUUACUUGUUACCUGAGAAAUAAGAAAUCAGAUGCAGAAGUGCACAGCCCCAAGACAAUGUGGUUUGACAGUCCUUUCUGAAGCCUGGAUGUAGAAAACUGCAGAUCGGCUUGUCUUACUCCAUUUAAGAUGGAGAGCCAGGAAGAGGAUCAUCUUGAGUACUGAAGUGCAGAGUGACAGCUGGACCAAGGGUUGAAACCUAUGCUUGCCCCAGGUCAGCUUAUAGCUGCAGUGUCUUAAAAGCAUCUUAACAUGGGACCAAGCCUCAGAGGACUAGAGGUAGCGGGGCAGCAUCUGCCAGGCAGUUGUUCACAUUCUGGCAUAGUCCUUUCCCUGUCAUGCGUCCUUUUCAUAGCCCUGUGUCCACUGGAAGGUUUAUCUAAGGUAAUGUCAACAAAAGGCUUGAACUGAAAUAGGUUUCAUUGUCCACUUAGAUGUUUCCCAUUUUCUGAUUACGUUUCUUAAGUAGAAAGUUCAUAUUCUAUUUGAAGUACUUCCCUUUAUUACUUUUGAACAUUUUUAAUCAUUUUUUAUAAGUUGUACAGUAUGUAACUUUUGGUAGUGAAUACGUCUUUUUACAAUUAUUAGUAUACAUGUAAGAAUAGCUUAUUAAAAACCAUAAAGUAAA